UUUGCUCUGCGCAUGCGCAGCGGUUUCCCCAAAACCAAGAUGGCGGUGCAAGAAACAGCUGCUCAACUCUCUAUGGCUCUUAAGGUUCAAGAAUAUCCAACUUUGAAGGUUCCUUAUGAGACCUUGAAUAAGCGCUUCCGUGCAGCGCAGAAGAACAUAGACCGCGAGACGAGUCACGUGACCAUGGUGGUGGCCGAGCUGGAGAAGACCCUGAGCAGCUCCUUCCCUGUUGUAGACUCUGUGGUCUCCCUGCUGGAUGGUGUGGUGGAGAAAUUAAGCGCACUCAAACGGAAGGCGGCAGAAUCAAUCCAGGCUGAAGACGAGAGCGCUAAGCUCUGUAAGCGGCGUAUUGAACACCUGAAGGAGCACAGCAGCGACCAGCCGGCUAACGUAAGCGUGUGGAAGAGGAAACGCAUGGACCGCAUGAUGGUGGAGCACCUGCUGCGCUGCGGCUACUACAACACCGCCGUCAAGCUCGCCAAACAAAGUGGGAUCGAGGAUUUGGUCAACAUCGAGAUGUUCCUCACUGCAAAAGAAGUGGAGGAAUCACUUGAAAGGCAGGAAACAGCCACCUGCUUGGCCUGGUGCCAUGACAACAAGUCUCGUCUGAGGAAGAUGAAGAGCUGUCUGGAGUUCAGUUUAAGGAUCCAGGAGUUUAUCGAGCUCAUUCGACAGAACAAACGCAUGGACGCAGUACGACAUGCACGGAAACACUUCAGCCAAGCAGAAGGUGGGCAGUUGGAUGAGGUUCGGCAGGUGAUGGGCAUGCUGGCAUUUCCUUCCGACACUCACAUUUCCCCAUACAAGGACCUUCUGGAUCCAGGCCGCUGGAAAAUGCUGAUCCAGCAAUUCAGAUACGACAAUUACAGAUUACACCAGCUGGGGAACAACUCUGUGUUCACCAUCACUCUGCAGGCAGGGCUGUCUGCCAUCAAAACCCCACAGUGUUACAAAGAGGAUGGUUCCUCUAAAAACCCAGACUGUCCUGUAUGCAGCAAGUCCCUGAACAAACUGGCUCAGCCUCUCCCCAUGGCCCACUGCGCAAACUCUCGCCUGGUGUGUAAAAUCUCCGGGGAGGUCAUGAACGAGAACAACCCACCCAUGAUGCUGCCUAAUGGCUAUGUUUAUGGCUAUAAUUCUCUCUUGUCUAUUCGUCAAGACGACAAGGUGGUGUGCCCCAGAACCAAAGAAGUCUAUAACUUCUCCCUGGCUGAGAAGGUUUACAUCAUGUGAUGAGGCCUCCAGAGCAUAGUUCAAGCUGUUUUUGUUUUGUUUUUUGUUUUUUUGUAAUGAUACCACCUUGGGCUCGACGAAUCCCAAAACGAUGAAACCUGUAGUCUGAAGACCUCUGUUCCUCAGCCUGUGUUCCAUGAGACUGAAUCCAGUUGCCCUCUGCCAAACCUUUUCUGAGAAAAAAGGUUUCUAGUCCAUUGGAGGUUUUUAACUAUACAACUGAAUGAUGAAAAUGGGGAACAACACGACAUAAUUUCAAAAAGUUUGAUAUUUCAGCGUUUUCCUUUACUGGCUUCUUGACAGUUGUGCGAUGACAAAAGGACAUUGUCCCACAUCAUAUAUCUGAGAGCUUCUGCCUUUUUAGUGUGCUUAAAAAUGACCGUUCGUUUUAAUCAAGAGUGCUCAUGUUAUUUUUUUAGACCGAAGUGUUUAGAACAUAAUAGGGUCCACUUUCUAAUAUCUUGCCUGAGCACCUGUAAAAUCUCUUACCAAAUAUGGUUGGGUAAUACCGGCACAUUCUCACACACCAUGCUCACUGCCGUUGCAGUUACCUUUAUAGAAAGUGUAGUAGCGUCAGUGGCAAUACUUCGCACAUAAUUCUCAGUUGAUGUAACUAGGUGUAGAAAGACAUUGCAGUUUGUUGGUAGCUAUUUGUGAAGGGUUGUUAUUAGACUAAACUUUACAUCACAUGCCGUGUUUUGACAGGUUCAUCAUUACAAUACAGACUACUUGUGUCCAUGACCAGCAUACAACGUGUUGGGUCAAGUGUAGCAGGAUUUUAUUGUGACAAAGUCAAAAAUAUGAAGGUUUGUGAGGACAGUGGUUGUUACUAUACAAAAUAUCCGUGAUCUCAUGCUAGAUUUAGUGGUGUUUCAGGAUUCAAGAAGUAUGCAUUCGUUUAGAGGUGUGCACAAAAGAUUUUUUUUUUUUUUAAAUAGCACUCCCGCCUGCUAUAGUAGAAAGACCGAUUCUGCAGUGUCGCAGUAUAUUCUGAUGAAGCUAGCCGGUUUUAAUUACCCAAAAUAUAAAGUAUCAAGUAAUUACUACCACAGCUACCUUACCCAGGAUUAAGCAGGUAAUGAAAUUGAAACUGAGUGAUCCACGGGGAUCCUCAGGGAUCUCACAGGGAUCCUAGUCUCGAUGCACACCUCUGCAUUCAUUCACCAAAGCAACAUGUAGUGUCUGAAUCUCAGGUUAGAUUCACAUCGUACAUGCUACAUACUGUAAAGCCUGACUCACUGUGUCUCCAUACUUCACAAGACCAUCAUUUGUUGCUUCCCUUUUCCGAAAAAUAGACUGUCUUCCUCUUUUGUGUUAGGUCUUAAUGGUAAGGGCUACAUAGGUUUCGGAUUGAUAAGGUCUUAACCACUUUGUCAUGUGAGUUUUAAAAAAUAUAUAUGCUUCAGAUAAUCAUAAGCAUUUUUUGAUGAAGCACUAAAUAGUUUUGUGUCGUUGUUCGACCACACAUUUUCUAUUCUAGACUCCACACCAUUCAGAUUUUCCCAGUCAGAUAGCGGUUAGGUUGUCUACAAGGACCUAUUUUAUUUUAUUUUUUAAGCACACUGUCCUUUUUUUUUUUCCCUUUAUACUUGGCAAGCUGCUUUCAAAUGUGCUAUUUUAUUGUAAGUGUGGAAAGGCUACUUAGAUACCGCUCUUGCAUGUGUGUACUCAUAGAGUAGUUGGGUUGUUCAUGUUUAGUCAAAUAAAAAAAUUAUUUGAAUAAAUGCUGUGCUCGUAAAUGACUUAAACACACUGCACGAAAAAAAAACAAUACAAACACUUGGGUACCACAAAAUAAAGAAUAAUGUAACCUUGAUUAUGGUAGAAAUGAAGAUGUAUAAAAAAAUUAUCUAUACUGUACACAUUAUAUGUAAAUUACACAUUUUUAUUGUUGUAAUUACUGUGGUACAAGAGGAAUAAACCUCUAUGAGGCAUGUGGUUAUAGGAAAACAAACAGCUGGGUGGUGUAAUGGCCUAAUGUGAGAUGGAGUAAAUGUUACCACCUUGAUGCUGAUUAUUUUCCAAUGACAACGCACCCCAAGGGUUUUAUUCCUCUCAUACAACAGCAAUUUACCAAUUAUCACUGGUAUUUAUUAAACGUUUAUAUAUUAUACAUUUAAAUGGACCUCAUAAGGGUAUACUUUUGGCUAAACGUUCAUGUUAAUAGACAUUUUCUGUGUUAAAUGAAUAAGGGAAUGUACUUUAUUUCCCUGAAAGGUUAUCUCAAAAAUACUGUUGUCUUUCAGCCAUUUUGUUACAAGUGUGGAGGUAUACUUGGAAUCAUUGACUUCCUGGAAGACACAGUUGUUUUAACUUUCUGGCUGAUGUCUUGAGGUGCUGCUUCAGUAUUUCUAGAUAAUCCUCGUUCCUCAUGAUAUCUAAUUUCUGAAGUGCACCAGUCCCUAUUCCAUGACAACAUGAUGCUGCCACCACCAUGCUUCCCAGUUUGGAUGGUUAAAAGCCUCACCCUUUUUUUCCGUACAUAACUCCCAAAAUUAUGGCAGAAAUGGUCCCGUUUUUGUUUCACCUGACCAGAGAAAACUCCUCCAAAAGGCUGGUGAUCACCUGAAAACUUCAGUCUGGCUUUUUUUAUGCUGAUCUUAAUGUAAGGGCUUCUCUUAGUUGCUUGGAUUUUCCCAUGGUAUCAAGAACAAAAAGGCCCUGGCUCUACAUACAGCCACAGGCGACUCCCGGUUAAAUCCUAGUUAUGACAACUCAAAGCUCAAAAGCUUCUAAAAGGCAUUGAAUACAUUUUUCAAUCAAAUCUUUUCGACUGUCAAUUUGGUAUGUACCAAAUUUGACCCACUGGAAGUCUGAUAUUGCGAAUUAAAGCUGAAUAUAUCCUUCUCGAAUCAGUUGUUUCAAAAUGCCUUCAUGAAAUGUAUGGUAACAUGAAAUGUGCGGAGUUGUACUGAACUGAGAUUGAAUAUUGUCCACCUAGGUAUAUGUAAAAUUUGGACUUAAAAUUUGAAUAAAAAAUGUAAGUCUGAAUUGAUUCAUUUAACUGAGUUUGUAUGGGGUGAAGAAAUUUAAGUGCAUAAAAAGAAACAAUAUGUAUUAAAGGAAAUGACAAAAAUCUCAAGUAACCACUCUUUACAUCCGGGGCGAGCAGAAAAGCAUCUCGCGCAGCACACAAUGCACCAAACUUUGAGGCAAGAACAGGAAUCUGAGGCUACAGUGGACAGGCUCACCGAAACUGGACAGUCAAAUAUUGAAAAAAGACCAGGCAAGGUUUUCCUUAAUCUUGUUCAAAUGUACUUCUUUACACAGAAAGACAAGAGAGAAUUUAACUGGUCAUUAGUGAUAGUUUUCUGUUUGUCCUUUUAUGAGAAAGAGUAACCUUGCCUCAGACAUAGCAGAAUAAUUCGUCCGUUAUCCUACAGCUAUUUCACCCCCACUUCUAUGAUGGCUCUUGCCAAUCAGUCAGUGACUGAUGACCUAUAUACUGCACACUACAUACAAUCACAGGACCUUGUUGAUCUAAAACAUAUAAUUCAUGUCUGUCUCAGACUCACACGUACUAGAGAAGAAGGAGAAGAAGAACAAACCACCAGUGCAUGUUUCUUUUAUUUAUUUAACAUAUAGUUUGAUUAAAGAUCUUUAUAAAAAGCAUUUGCAGAUUUGGUCAUACGGUUGUAGAUUAGGAUUCUGCACAUGCAGAAGGUAUAUGUUUAGAAAUCAAGUUAACAUUACAGACAAUGUUAUCUUGAACAGUUUUUGGUCACUUUGUUUUCACAGUUUUGUGUGGUCCAGGAAAAGUUGGCGUUAAUGGUGGUGUGUUUGGUCUAGUAGAUGUAGCUGGCAGUGUGGAGGGACUGCGUGGCAGCCUGGUCAGCCUGG